AUGUUUGCUGGUGCUCAGAUUGUAACAACGAAACUUGUACCUCAUGGUCAACAAAAACAAAUAAUCGAUGCUCAAAGUGAAGAUAAAACUGCACAAGAUUUAGUAAAUAUGACUAUAUUAGUACCACGAUCAAAAGCAGCUAUUGUUGUUGAAACUCGAGCAGAAAAAGUUGAACGAAAAGUUCUUGCACAAGAACGAAAACAUGAAAGAAUGGUUGAACAACAAAAAAUUGCUCAUCAUAUGGAAAAUUUAAUGGAAAAAGUUCUUCAUGAAACAACAUUAUCAAAAAAAGACGAAGAUAAUUUACGUAGUAAAAUCAAAACUAUUAUGACUAAAGUAAAUAAAGAAUCAGAUAAAAUUGAUAUUACAUCUCUUCAUCCAUCUGUUAUUGAACAUCCAUCAUCAUCAUCGUCUCGAAUAAAAUUAGAUUCUAUUGGACAAUCAUCUCAAUCAAAUCUACCAUCUAAAUCAUUGAAAACAGCAAGUCAACGAGCUUUUCUUUUAUGGUAUGAUAAAAAUUCUCAAUGA